AUGCCUAUUGAUUUCUCCCUGACAGCCGAACAGGUAGCUCUCAAGGCAUCUGCUCGUCAGUUCGCAGAGAACGUUCUCGCUCCCUGCCGAACAGCCUAUCUCAAACUACCCACCCAGUUCGAACGCUUUCGAGCUACUCGAGAUGCCUACCGCCAGAUGAUCGAAGGUGGAUGGAUCAAGAUGCAAAUCCCCGAGGCCUAUGGCGGGACACGGAAGAGUCUCGUUGACGUCGCCCUCGUGUGCGAAGAGUUCUUUGCACAAGACUCUAGCCUGCCCAUUACUUGGCUGGUUACUGGUCUUGGCCUCAGUCCAAUCUUCAUGUAGUAAGUCCGCCCUGUGCCAGAAGCCCAUUGAUCAUCAUUGAAUGCUGAUAGGACUUAGUGGAACUGCUGAGCAAAAGAACGAGUUUCUUGCUCCUUUCUUGACCUGCGAGGGAACGCCAUUAGCGGCGCUGGGCUUCUCUGAGCCAACUGGCUCUGCCAAUUACCUUCAAAACGAAGGAGGGAAAGGUAUCCAGACCUUGGCCCGUAUUGAAGGCGGCGAGGUUGUCGUCAAUGGUGGUAAGAUCUGGGCAUCCAGCAGCGGCGGCGUAUGUACAGCUGCCCAUCAUGUCUCCCAAAUAAUACACUAACGUAGCUUGAAACACAGUGGGACUUCAAAGGUCCUGAAAUUCUUUGCUUCGUCUGCCGCUUCGGCGAUCGAGGCGUACCGAUGAAUACUAUCGGCAUUGUUGUCAUCACACGCAAAGAAUUUGACUCGCCCAUGAACAGGAGCAGCUUUAGAGUUGGUACCGAUGUCGAGACCCAUGGCUUCCGCGCACAUUCUGGGCCAAGGACUCAUUUCACGAAUUUCCGUGUCCCGGUCAAGAACCUUCUCGCUACACCCGGUAAAGGUGCCCUCGUCAAUGUAGCAGCCUUUACCGAGUCGGCAGUCCUGGUCGGCGCGGGAGCCGCAGGCCUGAUGCGAUCCUGCUUCGUCCAUACUCUCAAGAUCGUAACGACGGACAAGAGAGGCGGCUCCCGUCCCACCAUCCAAUACCAAAGCGUCGCAGACUUCCUCAUCAGCAUGAAAAUGCGCCUCGAAACGACGCGAUACCUGACGUGGAAAGCAUGCCACUAUCUCGACACCACGGGGGAAGCCGAAUUGGCCUACCAAGCCAAAGUGUACGGCUCCGAGACUGCGAUCCAGUGCGUUUUGGAGGGCAUGCAGGCGGUCGGAGUCACGGCGUACGAUACAACGCAACCUUACGGCUUGAUGAUGGACGAUGCGAUUUGUCUUCCCAUUUUCGAGGGCUCGAAUACCGGGAUCCGCAGGCGCCAGAUUCAGAAGAUUUUCCAGGCCGAGGGCUAUGAUGCCGACUCGUGUGCGAGUAAUACUGUCUGGAGCGAGCCGGCUGUGGACUUUCCCUAUCAUCUGAAAUGUCAUUUGUGA